AUGGCUCCCCCUCCACGAUUGCGCAUUCUGUCCGUUGGCGGUAAUGCGAUCUCAGCAUUUCUGUCCUGGCGACUCCAGGCCACAACCUCAUGCGACGUGACCCUGGUGUGGAAACAAGGCUUCGAAGCCGUCUCGCAAUAUGGUGUCUCUUUCAAAUCAAAAGCAUUCGGCAACGAGCGAUUCAAGCCCCGACAUGUUGUCCGGGCACCCGAAGAAGCCUCAUCUCGUGAAAAUGUAUACGACUAUGUCAUCCUCUGCGUGAAGGCACUUCCAGAUGUCUACGAUCUGGCCUCCGUUAUCGAGUCCGUGGUCACCCCCCAGCACACCUGUAUCCUGGUGAACACCACAAAUACCUUAGGCAUCGAAGCCCAUUUGGAGCAACGCUACCCGACCAAUGUCAUCCUCUCCCUCGUUUCCAACGUUGAAAUCACUCAGACUGGCCCCAGCGAAUUCGAGCACCUGAGCUCGAGCGAGAUUUCCGUGGGCGCGACCAACAGAAAAUCCGCUAUUCCCGUUUCGAUCCAGAAUGACAUGGCUGCAGCCCUUUCCCUGACCCUGAACACCGGCCAGGUGGAUUGUAAAGUGUCGCCCAAUAUUCGACAGGAACAGUUCGAGCGAAUGAUCGGGCCGAUCGCGUUCCACCCCGCGAGUAUCGUGUUUGAAACCCCCAAUCCUACGCAAUUGCUAGAGAAGACCGGAGUACGUCAAUUGGUGACGGGUAUUAUUGACGAACUCUUACAACUGGCCUCGGCGUUGGAUUGCACCUUUCCCAGCGAUUUCCGGGAAAAAACUAUUCAGAAAAUGAUCUCGGUCGAUGCCCCAAGUACCAUGUUCCAGGACUUCCAGGCCAGACGUCCAAUGGAAGUCGAGAAUUUCCUGGGCUCUCCAAUCAAAUUGGCUACCGAGUCGAAUGUGGCAUUGCCACGAAUUGAGGCCAUGUAUGCCAUGCUUCACCACGCAAACAUUUUGAACCAGUCCAAGCCUCGUCAUGGUGAUUCCCCCCCUGCAUCAGUCAUAGGACAGCCACCGCCACGAAUGUCAUCAGCGCCCGCAGCGCAACGACCGCCUAUCAAUGGAGCAAUGAGAUCAAGUCGGACGAAUUCAAGCCUGGGAGUUCCCCAGGCCCGUCGAGGCCCACCCUCGGGGAUGAUGCGGGGCCCACCAGGUGGACCUAUGCACCCUCCCGGAGCCCGGGGCAUGCCCCGCGAUCCUUCACUGGAGGGUCUCGAGGAGUUCAGCCAUCUUAUGAGCUACGGUGAUGAGGGUGAAGGUGGUUUACCCCAGAAUGGCGGCCACGGCCCUGGCCCGUCCGAGUUAGCGCUAAGGGAACGGGAAUUGGCCCUUCGUCAGCGAGAAUUGCAGCUUCGUGAGCAGGAGAUGGGUAUGCGCCGGGGUCCUGGUCCUGGUCAACGACGACCGCCCCCUCGGGCCCCUGCAUCGGCAUUUGAUGAGGAGGAUGAGGAUUAUUUCGACCCGAUGGACAAUAUUCCCAUUCCCCAUGUGGAUCCCGACAGCGUUGAUAUGAUGAGUCUUACAUCACGCCGAGGACGCAAGACUCCGAGCCAGGGUCAGAUGCAGCAGUUCCGCAAGAAUCCCGAAUUCGCGACCAUGCCUCAGAGUCGUCCCUCCUCGUCUGCUUUUGGUCGAUACUUUGGCCGGGGAAAGCGUGCCAGUGACCGAGUGAUGCAGGAGAUCCCCGGUCUUCAUGACUCGCUUAUGGAGCACCCCAUGAUGAGUUACUCAUCGAACAGAUACGGAGCCGUCGACCGGAAUCAGAUGGCUGCUGACUCGCGAGCCAACUCCAUGACGGCCAGCCAAAUGGGCGAUUUCCCGUCCCGUCCUUACCCCCAGAGCCGGCGAAACAGCCAAUCCCCCGGAGGACCAUUCCCCGGACCCCCUGGGCCCCCUGGAUCUGGUCCCCGUAUGGGACGCCCGAUGACCGCCCAUGACUCGAAUCUUGGUCCCCCUAGUGGAUCUCUUCACAACGGCCACCCGUCGCCCCCUGGAAACAUGCGGACACCGAUCCCUCGGCAGCCGUCAGCACAAGGCCCGAUUGGCCAACAACAACUUGAGCAACACUAUGGGGUGAGCAACCCGUAUGCCGCUAAAGGCCCUCCCAAGAACAAGAGUCUGACUGGAAGUGCGAGCGCCAGCGCGGAGAGUGGUGAUAGUGGCGCCAGUGCAAACCUCGAUUCCGAAGCAUCAGCUCACAGCAGCCAGAUUAGUCUGGGCGAUCACACGCACCCGCGAGCUGCACCGGCACCGCCCGUUCGGUGA